AGCUGGCGCUGGUCGACGCAAGGACAGGGAAGUAUCACACGUACGGGGACGUCUGCCGAGCCGUCCCGAGGAUCAGGGCGGGCAUGGCGGACGCGGGCAUGAGGAUGGGAGAUGUCCUGUUGCUGGUGACGCCCAACCACAUCGACUUCCCCCUCGUCCUCCUGGCCACGGUGCUGGCCGGCGCCGUCUGUGUCCCUGUCAGCCCGACCCUCAAGCCAGACGAGGUGGCCCACGUCGCCCGGACGAGCGGCGCGCGGUGGGCGGUGGCGCACGAGACGCUGGCGCCCGCCGUGACCGAGGCGUUCAGCCAGCUGCCCCCGGGCACUCUCCGGCAGCUGUGGGUACUGGGCAGCGCCCCUCGCCUGCCCUCGCUCACGAGCCUCCUGCGGGCCAGCCCCGCUUCUGACGCCCAUGCACAGGAGAUCGCCGAUCCGAAGACAACCGUGGCAAUGAUGCUGUUUUCGUCGGGCACGACGGGGCCUCCCAAGGGCGUCAUGCUGUCUCACCGAAACCUCCUGACGUCGCUCCUGCAGAACAAGUACAUGAAGAGUCUCGCCCCACCAGGAACACCCAACUUUUUGGAAUCCACGCUGAUGGUCAUCCCCGUCUGCCACACCUACGGAUACAUCAUUCUUAUUAGCUGCAUCCUCUCGGGCGGGAAGACGGUCAUGAUGGCCAAGUUCUCACCCGAGUCCUACUUCGAGGCGAUCCAGGCGCACAAGGUCACUUUUUCGCCCAUCGUGCCACACAUUGCGACGUACCUGGCGAAGACGCCCCUCAUGGCCAAGUACGACACUUCGUCGCUGAUGGCCUUCGCCAGCGGGACGUCGCCCCUCGCCCCCUCCACCCACGUGGAACUCAUGCAGAAGACUGGAAAGGGAGCGGGCGUCGGGUACGGCAUGACGGAGGCGUGUGCCACCAUUGCUAACAACGGCGGGCCGCUCGGGUUCCAGCUGGGUUCCGUCGGGAGGCUGCUCCCUUACUAUGAGGGGAAGGUGGUGGACGUGGAGACGGGCCGGGUGCUGGGGGCGGGCCAGGAGGGCGAGGUGUGCGUCAGGGGCCCCUCAGUCAUGCUGGGCUACAUGGGCAACCCCGAAGCCACAGCCGAGGUUAUCGACGAGGACGGGUGGCUUCACACGGGAGACCUCGGCUUCUUCGACCAAGACAACUUCAUCUUCCUUACAGACCGUAUAAAGGACCUCAUGAAAGUCAAAGGAUAUCAGGUGGCGCCAAGCGAGAUCGAGAAGAUCGUGCGGGAGGUGGAGGGCGUUGCUGACGUGUCCGUGGUGGGCAUUCCCGACGGCAGGCUGGGCGAGGCACCGAGGGCGUGGGUGGUACCAGCGCCCGGGGCAAGUCUUGAUCCGGCUCACAUUCAGCAGUAUGUUGCAGGCCGAGUCUCUGCGCCUUACAAGCAGCUGGCAGGAGGCGUGGAGUUGGUUAAGGAUCUCCCCAAGAAUCACCUGGGAAAGGUUCUCAAAAGGAAGCUCAAAAUGGACUAUCUCAAACCUCGCUCCAAACUAUAAGGAUUCCCAUCCUCCGUGUCUCCUCCUUCCCACUCCUCACUCUCUCUCUCCCUCAACAUCUUUCUCUCCCUCUCCUCCCUCCGUCCCUUCUUCCCUCAACAUCUUUCUCUCCCUCUCCUCCCUCCGUCCCUUCUUCCCUCAACAUCUUUCUCUCCCUCUCCUCCCUCCAUCCCUCUUUCCCUCUCUCAUCCUCCCUUUCCUUCCUUACUACCUUUCUUUGUCGUCCUCAAUAUGUGCUGUAUUGGUGACUCUAUUUUAAAUGUCAUUUAAACGGGUAGAUUAUGUUGUUGGUAUACUUCUCAUGUAAUAUGUAUUGUGUAUCUAACGUUGGGCAUUUCCCAUUUUGUCUAUAAUUUAGCCUUGAGGUAAAUAAAUGUAAUGUAUAUA